AUGCAGUCCCUGGUUCCGUACGUCAGCAACAUCGACCGCAUGCAAGAGGAGUGCGACGUCCUGGCGCUAACGCUGGCCCGCUACGACAAGGUCGCACUUUAUGCGAAUUUACGUCCGCGAUGUUCGCUUCUCUGCGAUCCCUGCUGCCGUCGCGAUGAAACUUGGAGCGAGAAUGCCUGGAUGUGGUUCUGGGGGUACGUUGAGAAGAAGGUGGAUGCCAACAAGCAGUUUUCCCCUCCCCGUACUACAAGCGUUUGCGCACCUUCCUCGCGCUGGACGACGACACCCUGGGAGUGUUCAAGCUGA